CUUCAGUGAAUCUAAAACCUCAGACAUGGACGACCCUCGACAAAAUGGCUCCACACAUAUUCUAUCAACAACACUCCGGCUAUGGUGACAUCAAGGAUUAAUAUCGCCAGAUGAGUGAGGUAUUUUCGAUGCUCAACUCAGUCAAUCUCGGAUAAGCCUACCAUUAAGCCUUUGCGUUUUUACUAGGCUAUUUCAUGCAUUUUUACGCACGGUCGAAUCUAUCGAAUAACCGUUGAAAUGAUAGAAAAACUGAAACCAGAACUUAGGCAUCUCAGUCCUAUGGUCAAUGAGUGCAAGUCCCCACAGCACGACAGCCUGACUACUUCCAUAACAGGUCGUGUCAGUGGGGAGAGGGGCGAAGCUGUUAGCGAGACACAGGAAAACACGACCGCGGCGUCGGGGGACUCAGCUGAGAGGAAGCGCGUCCCCAGGGAGCACUGCAACCGGACUAUCUUCAUUAAUGGCGUUGCCAAGGAAACGGCGUACCACAGCGAGCUAAAAAAGUUAGUACCGGUUAUCGAAUUGGCCAGGGGAGGAGGGUCGGUGGAUAUAAAAGCUAGGGAGCAGACUGCAGACAUUAACCACAAGGUACAGACCACGGAGCUGUGUAGACCGCCGAUACCCCUGCCACUGGCUUCCUGGGACCCGUUGUUGAGCGAAACUCGAAUGGUGCAGUUGAGCCCGCUCGCCGUCCCUCUCCCUGCACGAGCGAUGCUGUACAGUAACUUUGCUCAACCACUCGCCACCAUGAACAGUGGCUACGGUGGCGAGACAGAACAGUAUGGCAUGUACCCCAGCCAUCGGAUCAAACGACGACCCGUGCCUUAUGAGAUUGAAAUCAACGAUGAUAAUGGCUCGCAGCCCAAAAUUGUGCGGCGGAUCUUCACCAACAGCCGUGAGCGUUGGCGCCAGCAGAACGUGAACGGGGCAUUCGCUGACCUCCGCCAGCUCAUCCCCACCCACCCGCCCGAUAAGAAGCUCUCCAAGAACGAGAUCCUCCGACUGGCCAUGAAGUACAUCAACUUCCUGGCCAAGCUACUAGACGACCAGGAAGGUGUGGUGGGGGGCGGAAACGGCAGCGGUGCUGAGGGGGCCUGGGCUCCCGAGGGCCAUGAGGAGAGCCUGGUCCGGGAGGAGCUCCUCCAGGGCAUGCUGUCAUCCAGCAACUCCAGCUGCGGGAGUCUUCUGGGCGGGGAUGGGAGUCCCGACAGCUACACCGAGGACCAGGACUCGUCUGUCGAGUCUCGAACGCAAACCUCCAGGGUUCUCCAUCCUCACUCUGGACUCCAUGUGGACGAACGCAACCACAGAUGACUCAGCAUUUUCCCUAUGUGGAGAAGAAAAGAGACAAUGUGAGAAGCAGGAGGUUGGCGAUUUGGAGCAUUUUUCCACCUGGGUAGAGAGGGGUCAAUAGGGUGUGUCGAAUGGCGAUGCAUUUGUGUGUACAGAUUUGCUCUUUCUCUUCUUCCUGUUUCGCUCAAUGGCUCUGUCUGUUAUUGGCCAAUCCAGAGGAGGGUGUGUUCUCUGGUGGAACAUGAGACUUUGUCCCAGCUGCUGUUGUAAGCAGGUGAUGGAUUUGGAAGUCAUGAAAGUACAAACUAAGAUGAAAAUGAAGAAAAUAUUUAAAAACAGUGAAGGUGUUUCUGGAAAAAGGCAUGAAAUUGCAAAAUGGUACCUUUUCUUGUCUAAGGUGAAAGUUUGUUUAGGUACACUGCUUGACUCUAAACAAGAAUGAGAACUGUGUUCUUAAGUACUCCAGACUACUAAAUGUAAGUGACUUGUCUUCAUCUUAGGGUCCGCUAAAGUUCUUCUGAGUUCCUUUAGAACCUAACAUUUGGGGUUUAUCAAAUAAUAACGUCCAGACCUGAAGUCCAGAAAUGGUUUUCUUGAAGAUCAUCUCUUAGUUGUUGGAUGGCACAGUUCAUCCCCAGCACAAAUAGUUAUUCAGUGAGAUAACUGAUAAUAACCGAUAAUCGGUCAAGACAAAAAAGUGUGAGAUCUCAGUGUGGCUGUCAAUGUUGGGAGAAGAACAAAAUGUUUAAAAGUGUACUUGUUAAUGUGAUAUUCACAUAAACCACAUGGUUGCAAUAUUUACCAUACAAAAUGUAAUUGAGAUCAUAAGUACGAC